CUGAUAUUAUUCGUAUAGCUAUGAUAUGUGAUAUCAGUAUUCGUAAGAAGGCCUUCGAUUAGUCAUCUGUUAUAUGGUCACUGGUAUUCUACAAUUUCUAUUCUCUACUAUGUUGUCACAAAACGUAUUAAUACAAACUGGAAAUAUACUUUCCUUGAAGGAGAUAAAAACAAAAAUAAAUCCAACUCCUACAGAAGAGAUAAUUGAAACGUUAAAGAUUGUGCUUCAAGACAAUGAAAGCAGUGGUGAGGAUCCAGUGGUUAUUAAAGGAAAAGAAGAUAAUGCUGUGCAAACUAUCACCAGGGAGAAAGCCAAUAUAACUGUGAAGGUAUUCAUGUCAUCACCUAACGUAAAUUUAUUGACACAGGCUAUAGACCAAGUCUGUGAUGCCUUAAAUACAAGUGCAAUUGAUUCUUUCGUCAUUGCUUAUAAAGGCAAAGAGGAUUCAGAAGAGUUAUUAGAAUCUUUGAAACAAUUGUGGAAUGUCGUAGAAAAGUAUGUUGCAAUUGGAAAAUUAUCAAGCGUUGGUCUGAGCGAUGUUAAUACAAAUGAAUUUAUUGCCUUAUUUCAAUGGGCAUAUACAAAGCCUAAUAUUUUACAAAUUGGUUUAACUACAUGCUGUUCUGUACCGGUUGAGUUACAGAAGUUCACUAGAAUAAACGAUGUGCGAUUGUUGACACACUGUGAUUAUGGUCAGAUUCUUCCACAAGAAGAGUUGAAUAACCUAUUCAAUGCCAAUGUAAGCUUACAUUGGGUUACAAGAUACAGCGUUCAUCUAAAACGUCGUGGUAUUUUAUUUUCAAAGGGAUAUUUAGUGUAUAUGAAUAAAACAAAUAAUAUAUGAAUUAAAUAAAAUAAUGAAUGUCAAUAAUUGUUAUAAUACGC